AUUUGUUUACAGGUAAUUUCUCAUUUUGAAUAUUUAAUUAUGCUGUACAGUUUGUAAACAUAAAUGAAAAAUAAUCUGACAAAUAAUAUUCCCGAAGAAAAACUGGAUAAUGGAAUUUCUGAUUUACCCCUACAUAAAGAUGGUGCUCUGUUGAUACCUAUUUCUUCCAGAAAAUUGGUUGUAAUAAGGAGUCCUUCUAGUUCAAGUGUGAGUAGCCAUGAACCAACAACCCGAAUUAAAUCAAACAACUUACAUUCAAAAAAAAAGUUAACACAACGUGAUGCAUUGCAUUCAGCUGGAGGCACCGGAGUUUGUAGUCUUGGAAAACAUCGCACUGUUGAUGGAAGAGCAACCUUGCUAACACCAACCCAUGCAGCAAAGUUAUAUGGCGUGGAUAGCAACAAUAAACUUAAACCAAGCAAUCUUUUCAAUAAUGAAGUUAAGAGAAAACAUACUGUUUCUUUCGAUUCUGUUUCCUCAUCCAAUGUUGGACAAGAUGAUUCAAUGGAAGGUUGUUUUGUUUCAGAUGUUGAUUCUUUCCACACAGAUGCAAGUUUUAAUUCUUUAAUGUUACCACAUUUCCCAGGGGUUGGUAUCAACAUGGCAACCACCUGUUCCAAUUUCCCACAAACUGUAGCUGUCAACACUUCUACUGCAAACAUGGGGAUUGAGCAUUUGGCCAACAGUAAUCAAAAUGUUGAACACGAAGUGUAUAAUUUGCAGCAAACUCAAACAGUGCAGGAUAGGAAACAUCAACUUGCAUCUGCCUCUCUUGUGUUUAAUACAUUUUCAACCGAUGAUGAAACGGAAUCAGUUAUAACAAAUAUGACGACGGAUAAAGAAGAAGAUUCAGAAGAAUCCUCAUUAUCAUCUACCUCCUUUGAUCAAGGACUAAGCAUGCUGUCUAAUGAGUAUAGUGCAAAUAAUUCAACUGUUGAUGAAAUGGUAUGUAAAUGUGAGCAUGAGCAAUGUAAUACGAAGAGAAAAGAACUAGCACAAGAUUUAAAACUUGCUGAAGCUGACAUAGCUAUCCUUGUAUCAAGCAAACAACAAUUACAACUUGACAUUUAUGAAAUAUCUGAAGAAAAGAAUAAAUUAUAUGAUCAGCUAAAAACAUCUCAAACAGAACUUGCUGUACGUGAUAAAGAAUUAAAGUUUUUCAAGAAGCAAAUGGAAAGUAAGAUGGAAGUGUGGGAGACUCACAAAACAUCCAUGAACGAAUAUGUGAAGCAACUAAAACUGGAGUUGUCAGAAACAUCGCAGUUGCUUGAGUUGACUCAGGUUGACAGAGAUCGGAAUAAAAAUGAAUUAAAUGAAAAAAAACGAGAAGUUGAAAAUGUAAUGAAUCGAAAUAAAUCGCUUCAAGAAGAGUGUAGUGAAAUGCAUGGUAAAGUGUUACGGUUGGAAUCAUUUAUUGAAAAAAGCUCGAAUGAAAAUGUUGAAUCUGAAAAUAACUUCUCCCAACUUCGACUUGUAAGAGAGGAAUAUUCAAUGCAACUCCUAACUAAAGAUCGUCAACUUGCAGAUACAAAAAACCAACUACAAAAAGUAGAAGACCGGUUACUGUUAACAAAUGAAGCUCAUGAUAAAUUAAAAAAUGAGUCUGCCAACGUAAGAAAGGCGCUUAUGAUGCAAACUUCAUCGGUUAACCAACUUCAAUCUCAACUCUCCAUUAAAAGUGAAGAAAAACAUUCUCUUGAUGCAGUGGUAGCCAAACUACAUAAGGACUUGUUUCAUGUUGAAAUGUGCCUUACAAAACUUAAACAGGAAAUUUCUGACAAGUCUAACAUUGUCGCAAGAGAAGAAGGCGUGAAACAACAGUUGGAAAUGCAACGUAAAGUCUUUAAGGAAGAAAGGGUUUCAUUUAAACAAGAAACUCAACUUCUUAAGCAAAGAAUUAUGGAGAAAAAGAAUGAAGUUGUUGAGUUGCAGAGAAAAGUGGUAAAAGGUGAAAGUGAACAUGUUAGAACAAAAGAAGAAAUGCAGAAACUUACAGAGAAAACAAAACUUCACGCUGAUCAUUUGGCUUGCCAAGUAAAGGAAAAUGCACAAACUUGUUCAGAGUAUGAAAUUAAGUACGAGAAAUUGCAAUGUUUGUAUCAAGAUGCUGUAACUGUAAAAGAUAAAUCUCAGUCUGAAUUGGAAAAGACAAUUGCCAAGUUUGAAAGAAAAGAAGAAGAAUUAUUAAGACUACAAAAAGAAUUAGCCAUGAUGUCAGAAAAACUCAAACAAAACACUUUGCUUAUUGAAUUGAAAAACAAAGAGUCUUUAAAAUGGAAGGAACAUCUUCAAAUAGUUACAAAUGAGAGAGAUAAACAAGUUGUGGAAGUGACUCAAUUAAGGCAGAAUGUUUUGAUGCAACAACAGAAUGUUGGUCGUGCAGAUCAUUCACACGAACAAAAGGAGAUGUUAGCUGAGUUACAGACUACAAAACUAAACUUAAUUGCCAAAGUUGAACAAAUGCAAUUAGUGGAAGAUAAAAUGAAGACUGAGAUGUUAAAACAAGAGGAAAAUUUGAUGAAACAAACAAGGGAUGUUGCUCAGCUUGAAGAGAUGAACUUAAAUCUGCAAAAUAAAGUGGUAGAAAUAGAGGAAAGUUAUAAUAAACGUCUUAAAGAACUGAGCAAACUAAAUGAAAAAGCUAAAUUGGAAAUCUCUCAUUUAACUGAGUAUAACAGUGAGCUUCGUAACUCAAAUGAAGAAUUCAAGAUACAGUUUGCUUGUGAAAAGCAAAGAGUAAUGGAUAAAUCAAAUGAAGUUUCAAGUUUGCUUACAAAGCUUGAGUUACUAAAUGAAGAAGUACAAACAGCAAAACAAGAAAUGAAUUCUCUGAAUAUACAAUUGGUAAAUGCGCUGGAACAAAAGGAGGAAUAUAAAGAAAGGGAAUCAAACAUUUCUGAACAUGUUAAGUUUGUUACAACGGAACGAGACAAAUUAAAACAAGCAGUUUCCCAACAACAACAAUAUCUCGCAUCGUUACAAAAACAUUACCAGCAAUGGGGGGAACAAGUCAAAGCUAAAUUACAACAUUCUCAAAUUAAGGAAGAAAAAUUUCCACAAACAGAUGUUUCAACCCAGACAAGCUGUGAGUCUACAGAACUACUACAUAAUCAACGCCAAUCUACAAACGAUUCAUCAGCAACUUACACUGAUGUAAAACAAACCAACUCUUGUAAAGAGACAAACGAAAACUAUUUUUCCAGGCUUUCCUUUACGAAAGAAAACAAUGUUUCAAACUCUUUACAAUCAACUUCUCCGACUAUUUGUAAUUCAACAUCUUCGCAAUCAAACAUUUGUAAUAUUUCUUUAAACCAACCCCAAACUGUGAUAAAUAACUCAAACGAGAUAUCAUCCAUUGGUGCUGACUAUAAUGUGAGGCAUGCAUCCUGCCAAACUGCCAAUAGUAAUUCUGUAACUUGUACUUGCCACCAAGCAGGGGAUCUGAACCUAAACCGAUCCAUUGAAGAGAAAUUACAAAUCAUGCAAUCAUCUGUUUCAACACAAACUAAUGAAAGCAACCUCCCGAUAAUUCCUAAUCCGUCAGAUGUUGCAUGUUUGUUUAAAACAAGCGAUGCAGCAAAGUUAAAAGCAUACAAACAAACUGUGAAAAUACUGAGGAAAAAAUUGAAAGAAGCUGAAGACAAAUCAACAGCUUCUGAUAUGAAGAUAUCAGAUUUAUUAAAAGAAAUUGGAAUUUUAAAAAAUGAAACAAAAGCUUUGAUUCCAUCUCCAUUAGAUGAUGAUGGUAUGAAGGUUAAAACAAGUAGAUUGUGUGAGGAAUUAAGUCAAUGGAAGGAUGCCGCAGAACAUAAGGAAAAAGAAAACAUAGCUUUACAGAUUCAGAUGACUGAGAUGAAGAGAUUGCAUGGAUUAGAAUUCACCGAAUUGAAGAAGAACAGAAUGUUGCAUUAUGAUAAGAAGCUUGAUGAAGCUAAUGGAAGACUUGAAUUGCUGGUUGAUGCCAACAAGAAAUUAAGGAUCACAAUUCAAAAUCUUGAGAUAAAGCUGAAAAAAGUUAGUUAUCAUCUCGAUGAAACUCGCCGCGACAAACUUCGAUAUCAGGAAAGAUCAAAGAAAUUACAAAAAAAUCUUCGUUCACUUUCAUGGUUGUCGUCAUUUAAUCAAAGAAAUAAACGAGAUUCUUCAAUAAAUAGUUCUGGUUCUUUGUUAGAUGAAACUAUGAAGAACACAACUACACCAGCUUCUGUUACUGACGUAGACGACAUGUUAAAAAACCUCAGAAAGGAAGUUUCAAUGCUGGAGAAACAAUUAACUGAACAUAACUCAGCUGUCAGUGAGACAAACACAAGUUGGAGGGAGAUUUGUGGGAUAAAUGUGAAUCAUUCUAAUUGAUAGACAUUAUACAUACUCUUGUUGGAACACCGUUAUUGCUACAAACAUAUCAUACGAUACCUAUCUCGUGUUUAUUUUUUUAAACUAAAACCAACUUUCAUGAGUUUUUGCGUGCCUUGUUCUUGCAUGAAUGUCCAUCUGCCUAAAAACUUAAAUUACUUUCUCUAGUAUUUAUUCCUACUGCUAUUGUUUGUAUUUUCAGAUGCACUUGCUUCUUUCAUUAUUAAGUACUAGAAAUUCUUUGCUGCAUGACGCGUUUAUGAGUUACUGAAGCAUGCUGCGAUUUUUUUUUCACUGUUAUGAAAAAUUUAUUCUUCAUGUUUGCAGUAUAAUAUAUUUAUAUUAAAUGCAAUAUAUUUGUGUGGGGUGUGGUCUCGGUCGUUGCUCUACUAUUCAUUAAAACUAUUUAAGUUCUACCACGUUCAUUGUUUCCCAACGUUUGGCUGUUAAUAUUUGAACGAUGUCGUUUACUUCUGAUGUAAUAAUUCCAAUUGUUCUUCUUUGUCCUCAACCGUUAUGAAUUGUGGUAUCGAAUGAAUAACGGUUGUGCGACUCUCUCUUGUUAACGGUUCUUGAAAUAUUUCCUGUCAUUUUUUAUUUAUCGAACGUGAUGAGUGCCUUAACGAAAACCGUUACAAAAGGGCGACCGUUUUAAA